UUAUCCUUCACUUUACCCGCACGUGUGGAAAACAUAAUAAAGCCCUAAUUUCAAACAUCACUGUUAGGGAGUGCGGCUGCCAUGGAAGAGGUAAGUAAAUCUGGGAUUUCUUUCUCAGGGAGGGUUCAAGUUCAACAGAAGCCUCUACUUACUAGUUAUUGCAAUCAUAAUUGAGUCUUGGAUUGGAUUGAAGGGACGAGGUUUUCUUUUUCUUCCUGAGUUAUCUAAUUGAAUUUUCCCCUUCAAACCAAUACAAAACCUCCAUAAUGGGUAAACUACUCUUUUUUGGCUGUAAUACAAGUCUUGAUUUCUUCAACCAGCCCCCUCCUCAAAAUAGGUAUGUAAGUGAUUUCAUAAUUUCUAUUUGUUUUUAAUUUUAUUACAUUUACAGAAGGGUAUUGAACAAUACUCUCCCUAGAUGACCAGGUCCUUACUAAUUUUAGAAUUACUUGUUCUUCCACCUAUUGUCAUACCAGUAGUAACAACAUGGAUGACAACUAAUUUCUGAAAUCUUGUUGUUUUCUCGGAGAAAUUGCAAGGAAAGCCCACGCACCCACCCCUCUAAAGAUAGAGAGAAUCUUAUUAAUGACACUUUACUAUGCAAUUAAUGAGUAAAAACCAAAAAUCACAAUUUUCGAGCAAAUUGCAGAAUAAGCAGUCAUCCGUCAGUUCACUGUUCACAUCUCUAGACUAGGCCAGGGUCACUGCUUAUGGACACUCAUCCUAUAAUCUAGAGUAGGGAUCAUACUAAAUUUGAUUUCUGUUUCAUGUCAUACUCAUCCAUAAGUCACCAUCUUACUUUAUCUUUAUAUCCAUUUGCAUCACACUGCCACUAGUAGACUAGUAGUUGGUACAAAUGUAAUCCCAUUGCAUUAUUAGUCUUUUAGUAAGUGUGAGUAGUUUUGAGAAAAAUAAGUAAUGGAUGAGCAGAAGCAACUAGUGCUGGUUGGAAUGGAUUAUGAUGCAGGGGCAAAGGAUGACAAGAAUUUGGAAACAAUCAAUCAAAAGCAAUGGGUGAAUGAUUCGUCCGUGGAUCAUAAGGGAAGACGUCCUCUUAGAGCCUCUACUGGUGUUUGGAAGGCCGCUCUUUUUAUCAUCGCAAUUGAGUUUGGUGAAAGGUUGAGUUACUUUGUGAUUUCAACAAAUCUCAUCGUCUAUCUCACCAAAGUGGUUCAUCAAGAUCUCAAGACAGCCGCCAAAAACGUCAACUAUUGGUCAGGAGUAACCACCAUGAUGCCUCUCCUUGGUGGUUUUCUAGCAGAUGCUUACUUUGGCAGGUUCUGGAUGGUUCUAAUUUCAUCAACAAUCUAUGUCUUGGGUUUAAUACUGCUGACAAUGUCAGAGCUCAUCCCUGGCCUGAAGCCUUGUGACGUUGUCAUGAGUGGUAGCAGUACAACUACAGUGUGCCAUCAUAGAUCACCGAAGGUUCAUGAGGUGGUCUUUUUCAUUGCAAUCUACUUGAUCUCUAUAGGCACUGGUGGUCACAAGCCUUCAUUGGAAAGUUUUGGGGCAGAUCAAUUUGAUGAAAAUCAUGCACAAGAGAGGAAAAAGAAGAUGUCAUACUUCAACUGGUGGAAUUUUGGUCUCUGCAGUGGACUGAUCCUAGGUGUCACUGUGGUUGCUCACAUCCAACAGAAAAUUAGCUGGGCUGCUGGCGAUAUUAUUAUCACUGUCGUUAUGAUUGCCACCAUCGUAGUGUUCUGUGCUGGGAGGCCAUUUUACCGGUACAGAAAAGCCAAGCAGGGGAGUCCCCUGUCCCCAAUGAUUCAGGUUAUAGUAGCAGCCAUCAUCAAGAGGAAUCUUCCAUAUCCUUCAAAUCCUGUCCAGUUAUAUGACGAGACAAACCAUCCAACACCUCUACGACAGACUGACAAGUUCAGAUUUCUCGACAAAGCUGGAAUAGUUGAAGAGAGCAAUAAGGAAGAAAUUGAGAAAGCUGUAUCAUCGAUUUCAACCCAAUCGAAGAUCCAGAGAAAUCCCUGGAGACUAACAACAGUGACAAGUGUAGAGGAAUUGAAGCUGCUCUUAAACAUGAUUCCCAUUUGGUUGACAACAUUGACAUUUGGCAUAUGUUUAACACAGGCAACAACAUUCUUCAUCAAGCAAGGUACCCAUAUGAACCGGAAGAUUGGUGAUGGUGGAUUUGAACUGCCACCAGCCUCAACCUUUUGUCUGGCAGCCAUUGGAAUGAUACUCACCAUAUGUGUCUACGACAGGAUUCUAGUACCCUGGCUGCGAAGACUUAAAAGGAAUGAGAGAGGUAUAAAUAUCCUCCCAAGGAUAGGAAUUGGUAUGGCGUUCACUAUGUUGGCAAUGGUAAUUGCAGCUUUGGUGGAAAGGAAAAGACUAGGUGUUGCACAUAGUUCGUCAGGAAAGACAUUGAUGAGUGUGUUUUGGAUAGCACCUCAGUUCUUGGUAUAUGGUAUUGGAGAUGGUUUUGCUCUGGUGGGUCUGCAAGAAUACUUUUACGACCAAUCGCCAGAUAGCAUGAGAAGCUUGGGCAUUGCGUUUUACCUGAGUGUGCUUGGAGUUGCAGAUUUUCUGAGCAGUAUACUGAUAAUAGUUGUGGAUCGAGUAAGUGGAAUGAAUGGAAGGAGUAGCUGGUUUGGGAAGGACAUGAAUGAGAGCAGAAUAGAUAACUUUUACUGGCUAUUGGCUGGCAUGAACGGGAUGAACUUGAUUGUGUACACAUUGUUGGCUAGGAAGUAUACUUACAAUAACAGCAUCAAAAACAAGAUCAGCAAUACUGGCAGUAACGAUCAUGUCUAAGAGUACAGCCAUUUGUGUCCAUGUAAAGUCUUAUAUUGGUUGUAGCAGGUAGUAGGUUAUAACUUUAUAUUUCAGAUAUUUAGUUCCUUUGAUAUUGGUAGUAAGUAAGCUUGGCUUCUCAUAUCAUUUUUUUAUGGGAGUGUCGUAGGAUUUGGUUAGAAUGAGAAAAUGAGACUGCAAAUUUUAAUUA